AAGGAAGGAAAAUUGAAGGGAAAUUAAGCUUCAUACAAUUUUAAAUUUCUGUCACAAUGGGAAUGGAGACAGCUUUGAAGAAAUAACACUCUUGUACUCUUUACAGGUCCUCCUGGGUUCUUCAUCUCUGCCUUUUUGAUGUGGAAUGGAUUACUGUCAGAGCUGACUCUUCUGUCCUGUAGGACCACCCGGAGUCCCCAAUAACAAACGAAGACGAAGACUGCCGAGUGAUAAAGAAAGGAGCAUUUAUAUAAACUAAGGAAUAAUCUCGAGGUAUCUUGAAGUUCCUGCUGAUCUAUACAAUUUGACUCUUCCUUCUGCACAGAUAAGGAUACAUAUCAGAUUGAACAAUGGCUUUGAUGAUGGUCAAGUUCGAUCUGAAAAAGCGAGUGAAGCUCGCUCAGACAGUCUGGUUUAUGUACUGGUUUGCUGUCAUGGCCAGUGUGCUGCUCUUCAGCAUGGGCCUGUUUUUUAAGAUCGAGCUGCGAAAGCGCUCAGAACUUAUGGACAACAAUGAGAGCCAUUUCUUACCCAAUCUGCUAAUAUUGAUGGGUCUGAUAGCCUGCGCCCUCAAUGGUGUAGGAGGCAAAAUCUGCUAUGACUCACUGGACCCGAACAAGUUUGCAAAGUGGAAGCCCAUGUUGAAGACCUUCUUGGUGUUCUGUGUGGGGUUCAAUGCCCUGCUGCUUGUGACGGCUCUGCUGUGUUUCCUGAUGAGGAUCCCUCUGCAGUUCACCCUGGCUGAGGGCCUGAAGAAUGGCAUGAGGUACUACAAAGACACGGAUACGCCGGGGCGAUGCUACAUGAAGAGGACGCUGGACCUGAUGCAGAUGGAGUUCCGCUGCUGUGGAAAUGACAACUACAGAGAUUGGUUUGAGAUUCAAUGGGUGAGCAACCGUUACCUGGACUUCACUGCAAAGGAAGUCAAAGACCGCAUUGGGAGCAACGUGGAUGGCCAGUACCUGAUGGAUGGAGUCCCGUUCAGCUGCUGUAACCCCGGCUCCCCCAGACCCUGCAUCCAGAUUCAGAUGACCAACAACUCUGCCCAUUAUAGCUACGACCACUACACGGAGGAGCUCAACAUAUGGAGGCGCGGCUGCCGCGAUGCACUGCUAUCCUACUAUGGAGGCAUGAUGAACACCAUCGGAGCCCUUGUGGUCCUGAUCACUAUGCUAGAGGUUGCAGUGACCAUCGGCCUGCAGUACAUCGACAGCUCCCUGUCCACACUGGUCAACCCGGAGGACCCGGAGAGCGAGAGCGAAGGCUGGGUCCUGGAGAAGACGGUGAAGGAGACGUUCACUGACAUCAUGGCCAAAAUGAAGUCUCUGACCAAAGGUGGUAAGGUGGAGGAGAGCGGUGAGGCAGCGGUGGAGACGGUGAGCUGAACUAACCCUUCCUGCCAAAACUGACACCACUAACUCCUUUUAAUGGACUCUCUGCAACACAUUGCAUAAAUAAUAAGACAUAUUCAUACAUAUAGAGGAAGAAGAAGAAGUAGAACGAGUCGUUUUUUUCGAUUUUUACUUUCCCCUGACCAAGCAAGCUACGUUAAAAUACGUUUAAAGAGAUUUUGCUGUUUUGGGUUCUGAAUUUGGAUUUUUUUUUUCUUCACAAUAAAAAGUUCAAAAUUAAAAGUCCAUUAAAUGUGAUAUGACUGUACAUAGUGUAGUGAGGAUGGUGGUUGCCAUGCAACCCCCCCUCUCAUGAAGCCAGAGGUGCAGAUGGAAAAUAUUUACAGCCCAGUAGACACUGGGUUUUAACCAUGUUGACCUAUCUAUAGUGCUCUGGCUUGUAGCAGCAAACACUCCCCUCUUUUUAUACUCAAGUCCACCUUUGUCCACAGUGACUACUGGUGAAGCUCCUGAGAUGGAGUCAAAUUAUUAAUUGAUUGAAUCAGGUUUGAGUUUUGUGUGAAUGGCGAGUCCGAGGAGGGAUGGGCUUCAGCAGCAGGGGCAACAAGUCCAAACCUGUGGAGGAUGACCGGAAUUGGCAGCUAAAUCUUGGCUCCUGAACCCUGUACUGUUAUCUCAGACCCUCUUUAAUGUUUUCUUUGUGCAUUCAGUAUCUGUAUAUUGACACAUAUGUCUGUAUAUUGUCCCAACUGGGUUGCUGUCUUUGUACAUAGUGUAGAAAUUAUGGAAAGGAUUUGAACUUUUUUUUUUUUAAAGAAGAAAAUCAAUGGAAGCUAAAUAUUUUAUUUAAACCCAUGUAAAGUGUUUUUCCAUAUGAUUUUUGUGUGUGUCUGUGUAGGAAAGAGAUGAUGUUGACUGUGCACACGAAUAAAGGAUUUUAGCGAUGUGA